AUCAGGGGUGGACUGACCAUUUGGAAAAUCGGGCACUGCCCAAGGGCCCGGGGUCAGUAGGGGACCCCAUGAGAUGCCCCUGGUACCUUUUUCAUAGGCUUUUUUGAGUGUGGAUGAGGACACAGGGGCCCCAUGAUCCCCUAUUGCCCGGGGGCCCCAUGAGUUGUCAGUCCGCCCCUGGUUUAGAUGCUCACUUUCUUCAGUACUAUGAGUAUGCAGAUGGCAGGAAU